AGAUGCAGACGGAAUCGCGUCACGGGCGGUGGGAGCGGGGGUCCAAGACCGAGAUCGGGACCGGGAGCUAAGAGUAUUGAAUCAGGGGGAAGGCUGCAGUGGACCAGGAGCGACAGGACGAACAGCAGAAGGAAUAGGGAGGCCGGGAGGAGGCGGCGGUGGCGGCACGGUCGGCUUUGAACCCGCGCUACACGCAAGAUGGCGGUGCGGGGUUAGAGCGCGCUCGGAGCGGAGCCUGGGCACAGGCGGCACUAUAUUGGCUGAGCUGACAAAAAACAAACUGAAGUUGAAGAGACAUAUUGUGCUACCCCAAGAUUACUACCAUUGCAUCUGCGAUCUUGCUGAUUUGAUCAUCUCAUCUACAGCUGAAAACACACAAGAUUGUUUCUUAGAAACAUGAUCAUGUGAAUACUUGAUUCCCAAGGAGCAUUUGAAUGACUGACUGCCCAAAAAUGUCAAGUUCAGGUUACCCCCAAGGUCAAGGUCCAUUUGGUGCAGAACCAGCACGAUACCCAACUCAUGCCAUUCGAUAUAGCUUCUCAGGCAGGCACCAGCAGGAAUUUGCAGUUCCAGAUUAUCGCCUUCAGGAUUCACAGCUUUUACAGCAGCAGCAUCAGCAGCUGCGUAGACGCCCAUCGCUGCUUUCAGAGUUCCAUCCAGCCUCUGAUAGGCCUCAAGAAAGGAGGAGUGGCUAUGAGCAGUCAUACCAUAGCGUGGCUGGACAGCCUGACCAUGAAUCAUUGGAAUCCAAACGCCCACGGCUUGAACAGGUACCUGAUCCCCACUUUCAGCGUGCUACAGUACUGCCCUUAGCUCACCCAGUACCAGAGGGUCUUCGAGCACCCACAGAGGUGAAAAAGGAAUCUUUUUCAGUCAAGGCUGAUGUCCCAUCAUCACCAACGACCAAUCAGCAGGUUGGAGAUGAACAAGAUUCAUCUCCUUCCAAACUAUCCAAAGAGGAACUCAUCCAGAGUAUGGACCGUGUUGACCGAGAAAUAGCCAAAGUGGAACAGCAAAUCCUCAAACUGAAAAAGAAACAGCAACAGCUUGAAGAGGAAGCUGCCAAACCUCCAGAGCCUGAGAAACCAGUCUCCCCUCCUCCAGUGGAACCAAAACAUCGCAGUAUUGUCCAGAUUAUCUAUGAUGAAAACAGGCAGAAAAAAGCAGAGGAAGCUCACAAAAUUCUUGAAGGUCUGGGUCCAAGAGUAGAAUUGCCACUUUACAACCAACCGUCUGAUACAAAGAUUUACCACGAAAACAUCAAAACGAACCAAGUAAUGAGGAAAAAAUUGAUUCUUUUUUUCAAGAGGAGAAACCAUGCUCGCAAACAGAGGGAACAGAAGAUUUGCCAGCGUUAUGACCAGCUGAUGGAGGUGUGGGAAAAAAAAGUUGAAAGAAUAGAGAACAACCCCCGGCGGAAGGCCAAGGAGAGCAAGACUAGGGAGUAUUAUGAGAAACAGUUCCCUGAAAUUCGCAAGCAAAGGGAACAGCAGGAACGAUUUCAAAGAGUGGGACAGAGGGGAGCUGGGCUCCCAGCAACUAUAGCGAGGAGCGAGCAUGAGAUUUCAGAAAUUAUCGAUGGACUUUCUGAACAGGAGAAUAAUGAGAAGCAGAUGAGGCAACUUUCUGUGAUUCCUCCGAUGAUGUACGACACAGAACAACGAAGAGUGAAAUUCUUGAACAUGAAUGGAGUAAUGGAUGAUCCCAUGAGAGUAUACAAGGAACGGCAGUUCAUAAACGUCUGGUCUGAGCACGAGAAGGAGAUCUUUAAAGAGAAGUUUGUUCAACACCCAAAAAACUUUGGUUUGAUAGCAUCUUACCUGGAAAGAAAGUGUGUAGCAGACUGCGUUUUGUAUUAUUAUUUGACAAAGAAAAAUGAGAACUACAAGAAUCUUGUGAGGAGGAACUACGGCCGACGCAGAGGAAGGAAUACGCAACAAAUUUCUCGCCCUUCACAAGAAGAAAAAGAAACUGAAAAAGAGGAGGAAAAGGUUGAAAAAGUAGAGAGAGAAGAAAAAGACGAGAAGAAGGAAGAGGAGAAAGAUGAUAAAGAAGAACCUCAAAGGGAAACCGUCAAAGAAAAGGACAAACCAGAUACUGCAGGAGAGGAACCUGAAGAAAAGGAACAGUCUGCUCCACGAGGUCGGAAAACUGCAAACAGUCAGGGGAGGCGAAAAGGCAGGAUCCUGAGAUCCAUGGCAAAAGAAGCCAUCACUGAAGAGCCACCCAACCCCCCUCCUCCACCUGAACUUGCUGUCACUGAACCUGUGGAGACAUCUCGUUGGACAGAGGAAGAAAUGGAAGUGGCCAAAAAAGGACUCGUGGAACACGGGCGGAACUGGGCAGCCAUUGCAAAGAUGGUGGGCACCAAAAGUGAAGCACAGUGCAAGAAUUUCUAUUUCAAUUACAAGAGGCGACACAACCUGGACAUGCUAUUGCAGCAGCACAAACUUAGAGUGCAACAGAUGUCACGGAGAUCUCGUGAGGACCGGGAAGUGUCUCAAUGCGAAAGCAUUGCUUCAACUGUGUCUGCACAAGAAGAUGAGGACAAUGAAGUGUCCAAUGAGGAGGAGAAUCCAGAGGACAGUGAAGGAGCUGAGAACAGCUCAGAUACUGAAAGUGCACCUUCACCAUCACCUGUAGAUACAGGCAAGUCAAGCAAAGAAAGUACAGAAACGAGCAAGUUAACUGAAGAAGCGCUCAAUCCCACAAGCAGAAGUUCUCCAACUAUUCCACCUGUCUCACCAGCACAAGCUGCUGCUUCGCCUGAACUGCAGGUUAAACAAGAAAUGAACUUAGGCUUUGAGGAGUCAAUGGAGGGACAGAGGGGCUCUGAAGCUGAAGCAAAGCCUGUGUUUGAGCCUCAGGUGAAACCCAAAACUGAACCUGUGGAUGUGGAUAUGAAACCAGAAGAAAAUCUGCAAGUUAAAGUGGAGGUGGAUGCCAAAGACAAAGAGUUUGAGAAGGCCAGGCAACAGGAAACAGUGGCAUCAGAGCUACUUGAUCUGCCACAGCCUGGAUCACAGGUGGAAUCUCAUUCAGACAAUGAUUCAAGCGCAACUUGCAGUGCUGAUGAAGUGGAAGAUGGGGAGCCUGAAAGGCAAAGAAUGUUUUCUCCAGAAUCAAAAUCAUCACUGCUGAAACCUCUCAGCUCCGUGUUGAUGACCUCAGCCAUGAAACCAGUUCAGAUGGAUAUCCAGCAACUACAGCAGCGAGCGGCCAUGAUUCCCAAUAUGAUGGCUGCACCAUAUGUGCCGACCACUGCCCCUGUAAGUGGCCUGGCCCUGUUUCAGCGGCACAUCAAAGCUAUGCAUGAUUCUGCACUUCAGGAGGAACAGAUGCGACAAAGGCAAGAACAUAUGGAUGCUGAGCGCAGAAAUUCUUCCAGUCCCAACAUCAGUGGCAAAUCCUGUCCAAUCUUGGACAGAGAAGGCAAGCCAUUUGUUUACAUGCCUUAUCAUGAGGCACGGCGUGUGAUGGAGCAGGAAUCGCAGACUACGGGAGCCAGAUCCGCAUCACCAUACAGGCUGUCCCCAAGGGAAUCCUGUAAACUUUCUCCACAACCAGAGAUGAACACCUUGCGGUACAGUGUACCACCAGUUCUUCAGCCUGCUCCGCAUCAAAUGAUGCAAACUACAUCUGAAGGAGGGAAAUUAGUGAUUACCAGACCAGCUAGACCAUCCAACAUCCCCUCUCCUCCACCCCUCAUUCCUUCAACAAAACCACCACUAUCUACCGAGAAGCCAACAUUCAACAUGGGAGGUUCUAUCUCACAGCAGUACAUGGGAGCAGCAGUCAGCCAGACUCUGUUACAGGUUUCUUCUGGCACAUACCUAGCCCCUCACAACCAAGUAGCUUAUAACCAAGAAACUGUGAAAAAUACAGUGGGUUCCAUCUCCCUUGGGCUGCCAAGGCAACAGGAGCCUGUGAAAUCUGGUCCAUUACAGUUUAUUAAACAAGAGGAACUGUCUCCCAGAAGCCAGAAUCCACAACCGGAAGGUCUACUCUCCAGGGCUACUUACGAGACAAAUGUGGUCAGAGGUGGUCCGAUGGCAAACAUCCAGGAAGCAAGUCUAACACGAAGCAGCCCAGCAGGCAAGGUUUCUGCGGAACCACCUUCUUAUCGAGGUUCCAUCACUCAGGGUACUCCAGGCUUGUCACAACAGGGCAUUGCGGCAGACACGUUGUUGAAAGGCGCAAUCAGCAAAUUGGCCGCUGAGGAAUCGGGCAGCCCUGAGCAAUCAAGGGAAGAGGCGAUAUCAAAGGGCCAUGUCAUCUAUGAAAGUAGUAGCGGCCAUAUCCUCUCAUAUGAUACUAUAAAAAAUAUACGCGAAGGAACCAGGAGUCCCAGAACAGGCCACGAUGUCCAUGGGGUUAAACGGACCUAUGACCUAAUGGAAAGUGGAUUAAGUCGAGUCCCAGUACGUGAAUCCUCGGUGUCUGCACCCUAUGAAGGUCUCAUCAGUCGUGCAAGGGAAAGCCCACAUUUAUCAGAAUCUAAAGACAGAGCUGUUCCAUCAGGGUCAAUAAUGCAGGGUACACCAAGAGCAUCCAGUGAGACCUAUGAAGAAAGCAUGAAGUAUGGGAAACAGAUCAAGCGGGAAAGCCCACCACUGCGAACCUUCGAAGGGUCCAUCACAAAAGGCAAACCUUACGAGGGAGUCACCACCAUUAAAGAGAUGGGUCGCUCAAUUCAUGAAAUUCCAAGACAAGAAAGCCGCAAAACCCCAGAAAUUGUACAGAGCAGCAGAUCGAUUGUGGAAGGAUCUAUAUCUCAGGGAACCCCGGUGAAGCAUGAAAACCAAUCUGCCAUUAAGCAUGAUGUAAAGUCUCUGAUCACAACCUCUGGCAAACAUCCACACCCCAUGCACCAGCUAGAGAUGAUCUCAGAGGGUGUGAAGAUAGUGGAAAGGAAGUAUGAAGAUAUGAAACCUGCUGAUCAACUACGAGGCCGUCAUAGUGCAGUGGUCAGUUCUGGGACCUCUGUGCUCAGGUCAACAAUGCAUGAAGCUUCUAAAUCUCAGCUGAGUCCAGGCCUCUAUGAAGAUCCCAAUGCAAGAAGAACCCCAUUGGGAUACCCUGGUUUCAUUCCCAGGGGCCCACCAAUAGUCAGCAGACCCCAAGAAGGUGUUAUGACUUCAGUGAAGUCCACUGGACAUGAAAGGAAGACCACACUGGUCCCAACACAGAGAGACAAUAUGUCUGUUAAGUCCCCAGUCUCUGUGGUGGACCCAUCAGCAACUCUCAGUCCUUAUGAUUCUCUCCAUGGACGAGGGAAUCCUGAAUAUAGAAGUCAUGUUCCUCACCCCUUCGAGCAGACAAUGGCUUUUCACCGAGCAUUAGACCCAGCUUACCUGUUUUCCCGGCAGCUUUCUCCAAAUCCCAGUUACUCUAGUCACUAUCAACUAUAUGCAAUGGAAAAUACUCGACAGACCAUCCUCAACGACUAUAUCACUUCUCAGCAGAUGCAAGUUAUUACCAAACCAGAUGGCACCAGGGGAAUGUCACCACGAGAAACUUUAGGUGUUCCCUAUGCUGCUGGAUCCAGAGCAAUCAUUGAAUUGGGACCAGUGUCUCACACCAUACUCGUGCCAGGUGGGAGCAGCACUCCUCCCAUGGAGAGAAUAACUUACAUCCCAGGGAACCAAGCCCCUUACCCAGGAAGAUACAACCACUCCCCUAUAUCACCAGGUCACCCUGCACAUAUGUCUGCUACUGCAGCUACUGCAGAGCGUGAAAGAGAAAAAGAGCGUGAGAGAGAGCGGGAGCAGAGGGAGCGGGAACGAGAACAAAGAGAACGGGAGAGAUUGGCUGUGACAACAUGUGACCUGUCUUACCUUAGAGCAGGUCCUGAACAGACCAGUAGACCAAGUAGCCACGGAUAUGUCCGUUCUCCAUCGCCAUCUGUACGAACGCAGGAGACCAUCUUACAGCAACGGCCCAGUAUAUUCCAAGGAGCCAAUGGCAAAGGGGUUAUAACUUCACUGGAUGCAGCUACGCAGUCUCGGAUAAUGCAGGUACCACAGGGAGCCCUGUCCAUGGCACAGGGAUUGUCUACAUCCCGCUACAACACUGCAGCAGAUGCCCUUGCAGCAUUGGUGGAUGCUGCAGCCUCUGCACCUCAGAUCGAGAUGACAAAGGGGAAAGAGAACAAACAUGAAGCUCCCCGAGUGGAAGAAAUGACCGCUCGCAGAGUUUCUGAGCAACAGCCGAAUAUUCACCACCAGGCACCGCAACAGCCACAAAGUGAACAUGAGCGACGGUCAGUGCAAUCACCAUAUUCAUCCACGGCCAAGGGUCAGGGUCAAUCCAACUAUCCAGAGAGCAUUAAAGACAAAGCACCACCCCCCAAAUCUAGAUAUGAAGAGGAACUCAGGACUCGAGGCAAGACCACAAUAACAGCAGCAAAUUUUAUAGAUGUGAUCAUCACCAGACAGAUUGCCUCUGAUAAAGACAGUCGUGAGCGAGGAUCUCACAGUUCAGACUCUUCUAGCAGUGUAUCUUCCCAUCGCUAUGACAUGCCCAGUGUGGAUGCAAUUGAGGUAAUCAGUCCUGCAAACUCACCUGUCCAGUCACAGGAGAAGGCUGAACCUGUCCAGCAGGAGACACACAAACCUUCCCAAGGAGAUGGUGAGCCUAAUACACGAGGGUUUGAUGUGCCCAUGAGCCGGUACAGGAUGAUGCAGAAGUCACCGUCUCCACAGCAGCAACCACCAUCCUCUCAGCCGGACAGCGUGUAUUCCUCUGUUCCUAACCCUCAAGUUUCCAAAACACACAAAUUGAUCACUCUCGCUGAUCACAUUCAUCACAUUAUUACACAGGACUUUGCCCGAAACCAACCCAAUAGCCCGUCAUCACAGCCUCCAGUAUCUACAUUCCAAACAUCUCCAGUGCUCUCUAACCGAGGGAAGGGUUCCACUCAUUACAGCACGGACUCUCAGCCACAGACCACUCAAACAGCUCUUCUUCAGAGGCCACCAUCCAGAGUCUCUCCUGAAAAUCCAACGGAAAAAGGCAGAGCAAGGCCUGGGAAAUCCCCAGAACGAAGCCACGUUUCGUCAGAACCAUAUGAGCCUAUCUCCCCUCCCCAAGCCCCUGCCAAUCUAGAGAAGCAAGAGAGUGUAGUACAACCUCCUCAGCGAAGGGAGGCAGAACCCACUGAACAGAGGCUGCCCCCAAGUAAUGAAUGGCUCCCGAUGCCCUUGCUUGUCCGAAGAGGUCGUGCCCCAGAUUCUGCUACAAGGAAUGAGGCUCGAUCUCCAGGGAAUGUGGGCUAUUUGCCAGCGUUCUUCACUAAGCUGGAGAACACUUCGCCAAUGGUGAAAUCGAAGAAGCAGGAGAUAUUUCGUAAGUUGAACUCCUCUGGUGGCGGGGAUUCUGACAUUGCUAAUGCACAGCCUGGGACUGAGAUAUUUAACUUGCCUGCUGUCACAUCAUCAGGUGUGGUUUCGUACAAAAAAGGUUCAGUCAGUUCUCGGAGUCAUUCCUUUGCAGAUCCAGCCAGUAAUCUUGGCCUUGAAGACAUCAUCAGAAAAGCCUUAAUGGGAAAAUAUGACGAUAAAGGAGAAGAUCACCAAGUUGUACUGUCCCACCCUGUGAGUGCACCACAAGGCAACAUGAGCACAUCGAUCCCCGUGUCCAGUGAUGCUCGGAAUGAGGAAGCCAAUCCAUCACCUCCGUCAGGCUCAACUGCGUUCCCUUAUAAUCCACUGACAAUGCGAAUGAUGAGUGUAGCACCAACAUCGAUUGCUUGUGCACCACCAGCCAUGGGUCAAGCCAGCUCACAUCCUCCAGCCAGGACGUGGGAGCGCGAGCCAGCUCCCUUACUCUCCUCCCAAUAUGAGACACUAUCAGAUAGUGAUGACUGAAUACAGUGCCCUGGCUACGGUUUUAGUAGUUUUUUCAGGCCUGCAGACCACAGACAAGAGACUCUCCUCGAGCCCAGCUCACCAAGUGAUGAAGUAAAGGAGGGUUUGCUCACACAGGCAAAUGCACAGCAGUGUUAAGUCCUCAGAUGAGCAGAUGCUGGGUGGAGAAUAAAUUGUGAUCACAGAUGCUCAUGUAGAAUUCACAAUGAAAGACACUUUCUGCUCUCAUUUGUUUGUUUAAAAACUGUCUUUAAAUCAUUCUUGUGUAAUAUAGAGUACUGUACCAUUGUAUCAUGCUACCAAUCUUACAUUUUAAAAGAUCCUGAAACAGUGAAUUGACUGUUGUAAACACAGGAAUUUCCCACCAUACGGUGAGCCCGAGUGACUGGUAUUCCAUAUUCGUUGUAAAUUAAGUUCCAUUUUGUCUUUAAUUAUUUAGCAGCAGUGCUAAGAUAUUAAUGCAUGGAUGUAUUAUGAUUCAUUGUAAAACAAAAGAAUUGAAGGGAGUAUAUAACCUGGUUUUGGGCGCAGGAAGGGGCCUAACCCAGUUACUGUGCACAAGAAUCACCCAAAGGGAAUAUCUUUUGCCUCCACCUCAUGCUUCUCCCUUACUUAUUUCAGUCAUCUCUCCAACAAAAUGAAAUACUGUUUUAAAAUCUGGGAAACGUAAGCAGGUCUUAAUGUUGCUUCCACAAGUUAAUUUGUUUUUCUUGUGAGUGUGGAGUGAAGGAAUUUCUCAUUUCUGAGAAUGUUUAGUAGUUGGAAUGAAAGUAGAUAUUCAGCAUAAAUGGAGAGUGACAAAGUGUUCAGUCACACGUUCACUUGUUCCAUGCAGUUUUGAUACUAGUGGCCUGACACUAGUUUCUGGGCUUCUGCUGUAUUCACAAAACAUUGUGAGGUUUCAGUGUCAGAUUCCUGUACUUUGGGAAUAUGUCCCACAACUGCAGAACUGCAUGUGAACAUCAAAAUGAAUAAACAGUAAACGUCUGAAUAGAGGAAUUGGUAAGAAUCCUAGAGUUUGCACAACUAAUUUCAAACAUUACUGAAGUUGCUGUCCUGGCUGGGUACAGAUUAUUGGUCCCAGUGGAGUAAAUGCACUAAUUUCAGCUUUAAAUCCUUUGACUGUCAGGUGUGCAGAUUUUGAAAUGCAUGUUUAUUUUCUUUUCUGGUUCCUCAAAAAAAAGUGUAAAUUCUUUAGAUGCUGAAUGUUACACAGUAGAAAUUGAGGCAGCUCCACAAAUAAUUCUUUGGAAUGGAAUAAUGUUAUCACAUUAUUUUCCUAUGUUCAGGCCUGCGGACAGCCCUUGAAGCAUGACAUUUGCCUCCAAUAGAAUUUGUAUUUCAUUGUUGCACUGUCUCUUGUAACUGCAGUCUCCCUUCCUGCCAAGUAGCCACUCCAGGCUAACGUCUACCUUUUAAAUAGUUCGCCAUUCCAGAACCACAACACAUUCAUGUAAAUGUUUAUUGAACUAAAAUAAAAAUGGCAUCUGAUUUCA